AUGGGUCUCCGAUCGCACGAGCAGCUAGUCGUGUGUGUCGGAGUGAUGUUUCUGCUCACCGUAUGCAUCACAGCCUUCUUUUUCCUUCCUUCCGGAGGUGCUGAUCUCUAUUUCCGAGAGGAGAAUAGUGUUCAUGUCAGAGACACUUUCAUCAGAAACGAAGCUCUGCGGAAAAAAGAGCAAGAGGAAUUGCUCAAAAAAGCGGAAGAAGCGAAUCCCGUCCCAAUCCCGAAACCAGAAAUCGGUGCCGCUGAUGAUGCAGAGGGACGGCGGGUUUUCGUGAAACAAAUGAUUAAAUUCGCAUGGGAUGGAUAUCGAAAAUACGCCUGGGGAGAGAAUGAACUGCGGCCGAAUAGUCGAUCGGGACACUCUUCGUCGAUUUUUGGUUAUGGAAAGACUGGAGCGACGAUUAUUGAUGCUAUUGAUACACUGUUUAUUGUGGGAUUGAAGGAAGAGUAUAAGGAAGCGAGAGAUUGGAUUUCGGAGUUUAAUUUUAAGGAUUUAGCGAAAGGCGACCUGUCGGUAUUCGAGACCAAUAUCCGUUUCACUGGUGGCCUUCUCUCCGCCUACGCUCUAACCGGUGACAAAAUGUUCCUGACGAAAGCAGAAGACGUGGCGACGCUUCUACUGCCAGCCUUCGAAACCCCAUCCGGAAUACCGUACUCCCUAAUUGAUCUACAAACGGGAAGAGUCAAAACGUACAGUUGGGCGAGUGGAAAAGCGAUUCUCUCCGAGUACGGAUCGAUUCAACUGGAAUUUGAUUAUCUAUCGAAUUUGACUGGAAAUCCGAUUUUCGCUCAAAAAUCCAAUAAAAUCAGAGAUGUUUUGACGGCUAUGGAGAAGCCAGAAGGACUGUAUCCCAUUUAUAUUUCAAUGGAUAACCCGCCAAGAUGGGGACAACAUCUGUUCUCAAUGGGAGCCAUGGCUGACUCGUGGUACGAGUAUCUGCUCAAACAAUGGAUCGCUACGGGUAAAACGGACCAAAGAACAAAACGAGAGUACGAAGAGGCCAUCUUUGCUAUGGAGAAACGAAUGCUCUACAAAUCUGAGCAAUCCAACCUAUGGUAUUUCGCAAAACUCAAUGGGAAUCGUGUGGAGCAUAGUUUCGAGCACUUGGCGUGCUUCUGUGGUGGAAUGGUUGUGUUACAUGCGAUGAAUGAGGAGAACGCGACGAUUGCUCAGCAUUAUAUGGAUUUAGGAAAGAAUAUUGGGCAUACGUGUCACGAGUCGUAUGCUAGAUCAACCACUGGCAUCGGACCGGAAUCAUUCCAAUUCACGUCAUCGAUCGAAGCGAAAACCGAACGUCGUCAAGAUUCCUACUACAUCCUCCGUCCAGAAGUCGUCGAGACGUGGUUCUAUUUGUGGCGUGCGACGAAGGACGAAAAGUAUCGACAGUGGGCGUGGGAUCAUGUGCAAAAUCUGGAGAAGUACGCGAAAGGAAACGCCGGAUAUUCGGGAAUUCGAAACGUCUACGACUCGAAUCCAGAACAGGACGAUGUGCAGCAGUCGUUCCUUUUCGCUGAACUAUUCAAAUAUUUGUAUUUAAUAUUUAGCGAUGACGAUGUUCUUCCUCUAGAUCAAUGGGUAUUCAAUACGGAAGCUCAUCCUUUCAGAAUUCGGCAUUAG